AUGACCGAACUAAGCAACGUUUUGAAAACUUAUCAAGAUAAUGCUCUUAAAACGCUGCAAGGCCCUGCGAGCUUAUUUUACAGUGGUCAUCAAUUCCAGAAAGGGUUGAAGCGUGAACUUGACUCACCACCACCUCAAUCUGAAGAUGACUUCAAACGUUUCUCACCGUCACCAAUUCAAUCUAACAAUAAUUUACCGCCAUCAACAACUGUCAUUGAACCAAGUGAAUCAACAACUCCACAACAACGAGAACUCAGUGGAUCGCCUGUAAAUUUUGUACAAAUGAUGCAACCAAUUCAGUCACAGCCAAUUUUAACAGCACCCGAUUCUGAAAAGGGUUUGCUUAUGGAAUGCAUCAUUGAGGGAAAAGCCAUUGGAUGCUUUCAAUUGGGUGGUGAACUUCGACUUUGUUUCCCUCAAAUUAUGAGUCACAUUCUUAUUGGAUUCCCUUUGGACUUGAUACAUCGAACCAUUGAAGAUCUUCACAUUUCUUGUUUACAAAGCACGCCAGAACAAACAGCGGAAUUUAAACUCGCCAAAAUUUUGCCACCAAAUGUUCCACCUUGUGGACUCAUCACGCGGACUAAUGCUGAACGCUUAUGCAGCACUUUAUUGCACAAGUCAGCGUUGAAGAAAAAGGAACCGAACAACUACUUCUCAUUUCGAGUUUAUCACCGUUGUUUUGGCAAGUGUGAAGGGAUCUGCACACCAGAGCUCUUCUCUUUCACCGAUCGAGCCUGCAUUGAAUGCGUCGAGUGUCAUGGAAUGUUGGCACCAAAUAAGUUUGUACUACAUGUGUGCAAGAACAAGCCAAAAGAAAACUUUACUUGCCAUUGGGGUUUCGAGUCCAAUAAAUGGCGUUCAUACAUUCAUGUUGCCAUGAAUGAACCGAAUCAAGAAAAGUGUAUUCGUCUUAUGGACGAGAUGCUAGCACGUGAGAUUGGCUUCGAACAGAUUCUUUACGAGACGAGUCUACUGGAUGAAUCAAAUAAUCUGAAACGCAAGGUAGAUAUUUUGAGGGUAAUGCGAGAAGAGUCAAAAUAA